AUGACUGAUGGCGAGGGGAGAGAGGUGGAGGAGGAGGAAGAGGAGAAGGAUCAGGUAGGAGAUUGGAGUUCGGAGAUUCAGGAAGAAGAUCGGGAUAUGGAAGAGACGGAUUUGGGGGCGGGGCCUGGACCGAGUUUAGGGGUCCGGAUAAGGGCGCCCAUCCGCGAUCCAGACUGUAUAUCGGAGGAGGAGGAGCAGCAGCCCUACCCCGCCCUGGCACCGGUGGCCUUCUUCUGCCUAAAGCAAACCACGAGGCCUCGCAACUGGUGUCUGCGCGUCGUAUGUAACCCAUGGUUCGAGCACGUGUCCAUGGUGGUGAUCCUUCUCAACUGCGUCACUCUGGGGAUGUUCCAGCCCUGUGAAGAUAUCUCCUGUCAGUCCGAGUGGUGCCGAAUAUUACAGGUAUUGGACGACUGCAUCUUUGCGUUCUUUGCCGUGGAGAUGGUCGUCAAGAUGGUCGCUCUGGGAAUCUUCGGGCCCAACUGUUAUCUUGGCGACAAGUGGAACCAGCUGGACUUUGUCAUCGUCAUGGCGGGAGUGAUGGAGUAUUCCUUGGAUGGACAUAAUGCCAGCCUGUCUGCCAUCAGGACGGUGCGGGUACUUCGACCACUGCGCGCCAUCAACAGAGUGCCAAGUAUGCGUAUCCUGGUGACUCUGCUGCUGGACACUCUGCCCAUGUUGGGAAACGUGCUCCUCUUGUGCUUCUUUGUGUUUUUCAUCUUUGGGAUCGUCGGGGUGCAGCUGUGGGCGGGGCUACUGAGGAACCGCUGCUUCUUGGGAAAGGACAUCAUAACGAUGUACAACCUGUCCAUCAGUCCAUACUACAUGAACGAGGACGGAGAGGACAGCCCCUUCAUCUGCUCUACCUCUCGUGAGAACGGCAUGCUCCGCUGCAGCGACGUGCCCGCCAACGAGGAGGGAGGGGUGGAGUGCACGCUGCCCGACUCCGGAAUGGGCAGGGCCAGUGCCAACGUGUGUGUGAACUGGAACCAGUACUAUAACGUGUGCAGGCAGGGCGACCUCAACCCCCACAAGGGAGCCGUCAACUUUGACAACAUUGGCUACGCCUGGAUAGCCAUAUUCCAGGUCAUUACUCUGGAAGGAUGGGUAGAUAUCAUGUACUAUGUCAUGGACGCUCACUCCUUCUACAAUUUUAUAUAUUUUAUACUUCUUAUAAUCGUGGGUUCUUUCUUCAUGAUUAACUUGUGCCUGGUGGUCAUCGCCACCCAGUUCUCGGAGACGAAGCAGCGUGAGAAUGCUCUGAUGAGGGAGCAGCGCGCCCGCUACAUGUCCAACGACUCCACGCUGGCGAGCUACAGCGAGCCGGGCUCCUGCUACGAGGAGAUGCUACGCUACAUUAGCCACCUGUACCGAAAGCUAACGCGCAGACUGCAGAGAAUAUACUCGGGCUGGCACAGUAAAAGACGUAAAAAAGUCAACCCGAACGGCAGCGGAGGGGGGAACGGCGGAGGUAAUGGCCACAGCUCCAGUCGUGGUGUGGGGGCCUCGGGUCCCAACAACAGCGUGUGGCUCCGCCCCAUCCACAGCCUCCUGCAGACCCACCAGCACCAGCACUGUCGACUCAGCAACGGAGGACAGCACACACUCAAGGUGGACUACGGUGACCACAGUGACGCCCCCCGCUGCCUGGAGACGGGCGAGGAGCUGGAGAUGAAGACCCUCCCCGUGCGCCGAGGGAACGCCAACGGCGGGCGCAGUUCCCCCUCCGUGACGCCGGGCAUGGGGGCGCUGUUGGGUCGUCUGAACGGGGGCAUGAACUACCCCACCAUCCUGCCCUCGUUCGUCUGCAGCUACCGGAGCAAGAGCCCGUCCCCCCACUCGCGAAGCCCCGAGCAGAGGCACUCCCACCAGCCCGGAUCAGAGCACGCGGAGACCCUCAACAAGCUCUACACGCUCAUGGGACAACACAGUCGUCAGAGGCUGUUGUACCAGCUGGCCGGCCUGGUGCCCAGCCCUCUGCUCCUGGAGCUGCUCAGCUGUCCUCAGUGCGCCCGCAGUCUGGACACUCUGGAGCUGGAGGGGGACCCAGACGCUCUGCAUGACUACCCCCAGGGGGGAGACCUGCGGGGCGUGCGUGGUCGAAUGCGGCGGCGGGGGGUGAGCGAGUACAAAAACAGUGUGCUUCGGGCCUGGAGGGACUUCAGGGAAAAACUCAAAAGGAUCGUGGAGAGUAAAUACUUCAACAGAGGGAUCAUGAUCGCCAUCCUGGUCAAUACCCUCAGCAUGGGCAUCGAGUACCACGAGCAGCCGGAGGAGCUGACAGACGUGCUGGAGAUCAGUAACAUCGUGUUCACCAGUAUGUUUGUUCUGGAGAUGGGCUUCAUGCUGCUCGCCUUUGGGCUCUUCGGCUACAUCAAGAAUCCAUACAACAUCUUCGACAGCAUCAUCGUCAUCAUCAGUGUAUGGGAGAUCAUCGGUCAGUCAGACGGUGGACUCUCCGUGCUCAGGACCUUCAGACUUCUGCGCGUGUUGAAGCUGGUUCGGUUCUUGCCCGCUCUGAGGAGACAGCUGGUGGUCCUCAUGAAGACCAUGGACAACGUGGCCACCUUCUGCAUGCUCCUCAUGCUCUUCAUCUUCACGUUCAGUAUUCUGGGGAUGCAUCUGUUUGGGUGCAAAUUUGGCCAGAGGACAGACAACGGGGACACCAUACCUGAUCGCAAGAACUUCGACUCUCUGCUGUGGGCCAUUGUCACUGUGUUUCAGAUCCUGACCCAAGAGGACUGGAACGUGGUCCUGUACAACGGCAUGGCCUCCACCUCCUCGUGGGCAGCGCUUUAUUUCGUGGCCCUCAUGACGUUCGGCAAUUACGUGCUCUUCAAUUUGCUGGUGGCCAUUUUGGUGGAGGGCUUCCAGGCCGAGGGAGAUGCAAAUCGCUCCGAAUCGGACGACGAGGGGAAAUCUGACAACUUUUCCGAGGAUGAAAAAGUGGAGCAGCUACGAGACACAGAGUUGAAGAUGUACUCCCUAAUGAUGACCGCCAAUGGGCACGUGGAUCGCGGCUCCAUGGCCCCGCCCAUCAUCAUGCACACCGCGGCCACGCCCAUGCCCACGCCCAAGAGCUCGCUGGGGCCCGACUCCAUCCUGGGCGACGAGCAGCUGUUCAGGGACGCCAUCUCUCUGUCCGAAAGCGGGAGUGUCAACGCAGAGUCUCGGGGGGCAGGACCGUCCAUUGACCCCAUAGCGUACGACCAGCGCUCUUUGAGCAUCUCCAGUCCCGGGCGGCGCUCUCCGGCUCUGCCCCGCGGGACAGGAAGCUCGUGGGGCAGCCGCCGCUCCAGCUGGAACAGUCUGUCAAGAGCCCCGAGCCUCAAGAGACGGGACACCAGCGGAGAGAGGGAGAGCCUGCUGUCUGGAGACGGAGAGGGAGGAGCGGAGGAGGAGAAUGCAGAAGAAGAGGAGAAAGAGGACGCAGCCAACAACAGACUACGGCCCGCGUCUCUGGAGAUCCUGCAGGCGUCUACGCUGUGCCCCUCCAUAGUGACUGAAUACGGGGACUGCAACGGGAGGACCAUCUACGAACCUCCAAACAUAAGCCCUGACCUCAAAGAUGACGCCAAUGACGAUGAGCUGGAUGACGAUAGUUCGUUCUGCUUCUUUGUGAAGAGGGAGCUGCAGAACCUGAAGCCGCGUUGGUGCAAAGAGCACGAGGACUGGAACCUGUACCUGUUUUCACCUGAGAACCGGUUUCGUUCGUGGUGCCAAUCGGUCAUUUCCCACAAGCUCUUCGACCACAUCGUGCUGUUUUUCAUCUUCCUCAACUGCAUCACCAUCGCCUUGGAGCGGCCAGGCAUAAAGAAAGAGAGCACGGAGCGGGUGUUCCUGAGCGUCUCCAAUUAUGUAUUCACUGUGAUCUUCCUAGCAGAGAUGACCAUUAAGGUGGUGGCUCUGGGCUUCUGCUUCGGCCCACAGACCUACCUUCAGUCCAGUUGGAACAUUCUGGACGGUCUGCUGGUGUUUGUGUCUAUGGUGGACAUUCUGGUGACUCUGGCCAACCCUGGAGGAAACAGGAUCCUGGGCAUUCUCAGGGUGCUGCGUCUGCUCCGAACCCUGCGCCCGCUCAGAGUGAUCAGUCGUGCCCCGGGCCUGAAGCUGGUGGUGGAAACCCUCAUCACCUCCCUGAGACCCAUCGGCAACAUCGUCCUCAUCUGCUGCGCCUUCUUCAUUAUCUUUGGCAUUCUGGGAGUGCAGCUCUUCAAAGGCAAAUUCUACCACUGUGAAGGCCUGGACACCAAAAACAUCACCAACAAGUCCGACUGUCUGGAGGCCAAGUACCGCUGGAUACGCAGGAAAUACAACUUUGACAACCUCAUUCAGGCGCUGAUGUCCUUGUUCGUGCUGUCGUGUAAAGACGGUUGGGUGAAUAUCAUGUACGAUGGACUGGAUGCAGUAGGAGUAGACCAACAGCCCGUGCGGAACCACAACCCCUGGAUGCUGCUCUACUUCAUCUCCUUCCUCCUCAUCGUCAGCUUCUUCGUCCUCAACAUGUUCGUGGGCGUGGUGGUGGAGAACUUCCACAAGUGCCGUCAGGACCAGGAGGAGGAGGAGGCCCGCUUGAGGGAGGAGAAGAGGCAGAAGAUGUUGGAGAAAAGGCGUAGGAGUAAGGAGAAUGGAGGGGCUGAGGCCAAGCAGAGACCGUACUACGCCGACUACUCCCCCGUCCGGCUCUCCAUCCACACCCUGUGCACCAGCCACUACCUGGACCUCUUCAUCACCUUCAUCAUCUGCAUCAACGUCUUCACCAUGAGCAUCGAGCACUACAACCAGCCUCACUAUUUGGAGGAAGUUCUGAAGUACUGCAACUAUGUGUUCACGUGCAUCUUCGUCGUCGAGGCCCUGCUCAAACUCGUGGCUUUUGGUAUACAGCGAUUUUUUAAAGACAGGUGGAAUCAGCUGGACAUUGCGAUCGUGGCUUUGUCCAUAAUGGGCAUCACACUGGAGGAGCUGAAGAUGAACGCAGCUCUGCCCAUAAACCCGACCAUCAUCAGGAUCAUGAGAGUGCUCAGAAUAGCUCGAGUGCUGAAGCUGCUAAAAAUGGCUAAAGGCAUGAGAUCUCUGCUGGACACGGUGAUGCAGGCGCUCCCACAGGUGGGGAAUCUUGGUCUUCUCUUCAUGCUGCUGUUCUUCAUCUACGCUGCGCUGGGAGUGGAGCUGUUUGGCAAACUGGAGUGCAGCGAGCAAAACCCGUGCGAGGGGCUGAGCAGACACGCCACCUUUGAGAAUUUCGGCAUGGCCUUCCUCACGCUGUUCCGGGUGUCCACGGGAGACAACUGGAACGGGAUUAUGAAAGACACACUGCGAGAAUGCCGUCCUGAAGAAAUCCACUGUCUCACCUACCUGCCCCUGGUCUCUCCCAUCUACUUUGUCACGUUUGUGCUCAUGGCUCAGUUCGUCCUCGUCAACGUGGUGGUGGCUGUUCUGAUGAAGCACCUGGAGGAGAGCAACAAGGAGGCUAAGGAGGACGCAGAGAUAGAUGCAGAGAUUGAACUGGAGAUGGCGCUAGAGAAUCAGCGGCGAGCGAGCACCGGGUCCAAUAACAGCUCAGUGGGAGGGACCUACAUCGGGCCGUGUCCAAAUUCUCCCGAAGAGGAGGACGAGGUGCACUACAAGGAGCAGGAUCCUUCCUCCAUAAAGAUGUCCGUAUCCAGGAUGCACUCUCUGCCCAACGACAGCUACAUGUUCAGACCUGUCCGUCCCGCCAGCGCCCCCUACCCUCUGGAGGAGGUGGAGCAGAGUCCCCAGCACGCAGGCUCGGUGACGUCGGUCCACUCCCAGCCGUGCGAGAGGCGCAGUCUGCUCCAAGUCCCCGACAUGUCCCCCCUCCGCAAGCCCAGCUCCCCCCUGGCCCCGCCCCGCAUCGCCCCGCCCGCUCCAAGCCCCUCCCCCCGAGCCCUGCGCAGACAGAUUGCAGUCAAAGUGGAUUCAGUGGAGGUUCAUAGCUCAGAGCACCAGGAGCGUCCCAACCCUCCUCGUGUGCCUCCUCUGCCCCCUCAGCCGAGCACUCCCUCUCCUCUGCCCCCUCCUCCGCCCUCCUCGCCCUCCGCUCUGCCUCCUCCCUCGCCCUCCUCCCUGUCUCUUCCCCCUCCUCCCUGCUCCCCCGCCCGGCUGCUCCCUCCUCCGCCCUCCCCUCGUCUGCCCCUGAGGCCGCCCAGCCUGCGCCGGCCCAGGCCUCUCGUGGACACCCGUGACCCAGCGGACGAGGAGGUGUGCCACAUCACCAGUGCAGCCUGCCGCCAGUGGAGAGAGGAGGCGGGGCCCGACCAGACAGGGAGGACCUGUAGGAGCCUGUCACUGUCUCCUUAUGCCCCGCCCUUCUGCCACGACUCUGACCCCGCCCCUGUCCCUCCUGUACCCACCCUCACCCCCACCCAGGCGUCACGGAGCACGCUCAGUCUGCUCACUGACACUACGAAGGAGCGCGACCUAAAGAAGGGCUUUAGCACCGAUAACCAGUGCUUCCUGGGUAAAACGCUGUCGGCCGGUUUCCCUGAGGACCAGCGCCGACACUCCAUCGAGGUGUGCCUCCCUCAGCUGAUCUUCACCAGUGACGAGGCUCCAGAGCAGAGGCAGCGACCGGAGAAGGGCCCAGUGCGUGUGCAGUCUGUGGGAGGUGGGCACAGGAAGAAGAAGCUCAGUCCUCCCUGUAUCUCCAUCCACCCUCCUCCAGAGAAAGAGCCUGCCCCGUCCGCCUCUUCUCCCAAACUGUCUCCCUGCAGCAUGCUGCUGCGGAGGAGAGCGCCCUCAUAUGACCUGAGCCCUCACACUCAGACGCAGGAGGCGUGUACAGACACACAGACCCCCCUCUCGCCCCUCCACAGACCUCUACAAGUGCAUUCUCCCAGCCACACUCUGGCGCCCUCUGCAGGCAACACCCCAACACACAGCCCGUCCUUCCCCACUCAUGGGAUCUCACCGACACACAUCCCUAUCAGCCCUAACAUAUUUAUCCAGCCCCGGGCACCCCUGGGCGCUAUGCCCUGUGGUCAGAGCCCGUCGCCCCGGCACUCUCCUCACCCAGGGGACUACAGCUCUCUGCCACAGUUCAGCUUCGAUCAGCCACAGACACGCUACAUGAGCGGUCUGCAGCCCGGUCUGUCAGACAGUGACAGUCCCACCUGCUCCUCUCCCUUUGACAGCAGACUGAGGAGCAGCCCGGGCUUCAGCGCUAAGAACCGCAGGACUGCCCAGUGA